UCUUGUCAAAGGAGGAUGAGUGUCUUUGACAGCCCUUAUUUUCGAAUCAAUAAGUUCUUCCUUACAUGCACUGGACUAUGGCCUUAUCUUAGUUCCGAAAGAAAACUAUUUACGCGAAUUAUUGUCAACACUAUUUUAAUUAUAUAUCUCAUUCCCACAAGCAGCGGAUUGUAUGAAAUAUGGGGCAAACUAGAUUUAAUGGUUGAAUGUUUUAUUCCUGUUUUUACGGGUUUUGGAUGUUUAAUGUGUUCAAUGACUUGUAUAUAUAAGGAAAAAGAAAUUAAAAAACUUUUGAAUCAUAUCAAAAGGGAUUGGGAAUUUUUUUCAUCAGAAGGAGAUAUUACCGCUCUUGAGUGUCAUGCAAAAAGUGGAAGGAUUUUAACUUUACUUUAUUCUGGUUGUAUGAUAUCUGCCAGUUUUAUAUUUAUUUUAACUACCAUUUCACCUCAAAUUCUAGACAUUCUUAUACCAUUAAAUGAAACACGACCAAAAAAAUUGGCAGCAAAUGUAAAAUAUUUUUUUAGUUGGGAGGAAUAUUUUUACUAUGUUGUACUUCAUUUAACAAUAUCAAGUGUAGUUGAAGUUGCUGUUGUGAUUGGAUGCAGAUCAACUUUUUCAGUAUUUAUUGAACAUGCUUGUGGAUUAUUUGCCAAUGUUGGGCAUAGACUGCAAAAAAUAAUGCAUAAUAUAAAUAUGGAUAAAUCUAAUUGGAAUCCACAUUUGGAAGAAAAAAUUUAUAGAGAUGUAACUUUUUGUAUAGAAUGUCAUCAACAUGCAAUUGAAUUUACAAAAAUUAUUGAAUCUUGUUUUUCUGCUUGUUUCUUUAUUAUCAUGGGAAUAACAGUCAUUCUACUAAGCGCAACAUUAAUUCAGAGUGUAUUGCAUAUUGAUCGAUUUGAUGAUGCUGCAAAAUUUGGUUCUUAUUCACUUGGCUUAAUAUUGGAUUUGUACUUUAAUAAUGUACCUGGUCAACGAUUGCUAGAUGGAAGUAGUUAUUAUCUUUCAAAUCAAGUGUUUGGUGGAAAGUGGUAUAAAUUACCUUUAAAAUCGAAAAAACUACUAAUUAUGAUAAUAAUGAGAACAAAUUUUCCAUGUACAUUAACAGUUGGAAAAUUGUUUGUGUUGAAUAUGAAUAAUUUUUCUAAAGUUUUACACGCUUCGGUUUCUUACUUCACAUUACUGUCUUCGCUGAGAACUUAAAAUUUUUUUAUA